UUAGCUCCGCCGCUAGCCACAUUUCACCAGCGGAGACAGAAGGGAAGUUGCGGGGGUUUAAAGACACAAAACAGAAGCAGACACAACGGUAAGAUGUUUGUAACGGCACCGCGAAGACCGAGGGAGGCUGCGGCCACGGCUGCCGGCCCGGAGCUGUGAGGAAAGUCGGCCCGUCGCGUCGGGAAAUGACCGAGAAUGCGCGGAAGUUUGUGUUUACUAACGUUAGCUAGCACGGUUAGCUAGCUGGCCCUGUUAGCUCGUUAGCACGGAAAGGUGCGCUGCUCAGCUUCCGAGUCCUAGUUUGACUUAAACUGAGCUGCGGGACAUUUAGGUUUUCAACUCGCUUACGAGCUGGAUAAAGGACUUAUAAAAGGCAGUAUAUCUAUAUUUUGGUGGGUUAUCGUGCGUUUAGCAGCCACUUUACUCCGAGUUUAUUCCCCAAACGCUGUACUGGAAACCCUGAGCCAAGUACCUCUAAGUUAUAUUUCUGUAUCUCAGCGUUGGCAAACACCGAAAAUUUCAGGGUUUCUCGCUGCCGUCGGGGUCAUCGGACCUGUGCCGUGGAUCUGCCCCCGCUCCCUGCUCGGAUCUAGCCUCCAGUCGGCUGCUAUCAUGGGACCCCUGUUGAGUUGGUGAGCCGCGUCCAGCCAGCCUGCAGCCCCGCUAGCCAUGGGAGGAUGUGUCGGGAGAGAACGGGAAGACACGCAGGGUCACGGCUCGUCCAGGACCGGAGGAAGGGGCCACAGGACACGUGGAGGCCGUAACGAGCCUCUGAAAAAGGAUCGUCCCAAAUGGAAGAGCGACUACCCGAUGACGGAGGGCCAGCUGCGGAGCAAGAGGGACGAGUUCUGGGACACGGCACCGGCCUUCGAGGGCCGCAAGGAGAUCUGGGAUGCCCUGAAAGCAGCCGCCGUGGCCCUGGAGUGUAAUGACCAUGAGCUGGCCCAGGCUAUAGUGGACGGAGCCAGUAUUACACUGCCACACGGUACACUGACAGAGUGUUACGACGAGCUGGGCAACCGCUACCAGCUGCCUGUCUACUGCCUGGCUCCGCCCGUCAACCUCAUCUCAGAGCGCAGCGACGAGGACCCCAGCGACAGCCCCGAGCCUCCUGCAGCGCCCAAGAAGGAGUUCCAGCUGAAGGUACGACUGUCGACAGGGAAGGACCUGCGUCUCAGCGCCAGCAUGGCCGACACCAUCGGGCAGCUGAAGAAGCAGCUCCAGGCCCAGGAGGACAUCGACGCAGCCCACCAGCGCUGGUUCUUCUCAGGCAAGCUGCUCACAGACAAAACCCGGCUGCAGGACACCAAGAUCCAGAAGGACUUUGUCAUCCAGGUCAUCGUGAACCCGCAGGCCCCGCCCGCCACCGCGCCUUCGCCCACCACCGCUGCCUCGUCCCCGACCAACACAUCCACCGCCUCCAACUGACUGAGGACGCCACGGGAGGCGGAGGAGGCGGGAUGUGGACGGACGCUGAAGGAGCGGAGACGCCUCCCACUGCUGGAUAAUUUAUGCUUUUUAAGAACGCCUUCUGUUUAUAAAGGAAAACUCUAGGUACUGGAGGUAUAAAAACAUAAGGGAGAAACUCAGAAGUGCUGCUUUCUUUUCAUCUACCGUUAAAAAUAAGAGUGUCAUCUUUUUUUUUUUCUUUUUUUUUUUUGGUGUGCAACUCUGUCAUGGGCUAGUUUAUAGAUAAAUGGAUCCAGCCCGGACAGGGACCCACCCCUCCUCUCCUCCCCCAUCACAACACAAAUUAAAGCAGAUCAGUUCUGCCGACCCACAAACCAAAUGUGCUCGUCUUGCUGCGUGCAAAAACUCUGCCUCUGCCCUUCGUCUGCACUAAUGCUAACUAAGUGCCAAUGGAAAAAAAAUAGCAGAGUUGUUUGCAUUGGUUGUAAAGCACAUGUCUUCUCUGAGCACGACGGUCCUGGACUCCGCACUGCGAACCCCUUCCUCCUCCUCGGAAACACGGGGGAAAGGCCGAGAGAAAGAUCUCUAAAAGUGAAAGAUUACCAGUUUCUUUUUUUUCUUUAUUUCUUCUUUCUUUUAUCAAGGAAAAUAAUGUAAACUGAGCUUUUUUGCACACUUGAAAAUUAUGACUAUACUUCUUUCGUGGUAGUUUGUGUGCCUUCGAUAAGACAAAACAAAACAGAAAACAAGGGUUAAUGUCCUGGAAGAUGCUAGUUUUACUGCUAGGCUAAGCCUUCUGUCUUAUUUUUAGAUUCAGGAACUCUUAGAUUAAUCCAAACUAUAACUGCUGCCUUUUUAAAGAAUCCUUCAGAAAAAAGAAAACACAUUGUGUGUGUGUGUGUGUGUGUGUGUGUGUGUGUGUGUGUGUGUGUGUGUGUGUGUGUGUGUGUGUGUGUGUGUGUGUGUGUGAGUGAGUGACCCGUACAGUACUGUUCAGCUCGGCUUUCAUGUAGCUCAGAGUGACGACACUCUGUUUUCCCUCUGGUGUACAACUCAUUGUUUUGCAGUAAAACUGAUUUUAUAAGCUAACACAUCAUUAUUGUUUAGGAGGAAAAAAAAUGCACGGGCGCGUUGUAGUCUGGAGUCAGGUGGGCACAGGUUCUGAAAUUUCACUGUUUGUGUUAGUCAGCAUCGUGAUGGUAGUUCAUAGAUUCAGACUGAUAAACAUACAGUAUGCCUGCAUUUAUCAAAAGUUCCUGCUGGUGAGUUUUGACUGUGGCUGGUAGGUUUUUCUUCUCUUCCUGUCACAUUGUCAGGUAAACAACUGUCGGUAUAAACCCUGAUAUAUUCCAAAAACCUUACCUGGCUGUUUGUGACUAGACUAGAGACUUUAAGCAGUGAUGUGUUUUUGAAGGUGGGGCUACAGCGACUGGAAAUAUGUCUGGAAAACUGCUGUCAUGAAGCAGCAACGCUGGCAGGUUGUUCUACAAUCAGCUGGGAAUUAACACCUCAGGUUAUUACGAAAACGAGCCAGAGAUGAACUGUGCUGUGCCUCUUAAGGAUAAAUAAGAUUCAGAAGAGGAGUUUUUACUUUUCUAUGAUGUAAAGAAGUCUAGCAGUUUAAGCUUUACCGUGGAGUACAUGUUUCUUUGACAGUAUAGUCUCAAUAUCUGCUGUUGAACUCGUACAAUUUCUCCCCAAAAACCAUCACUGCUUUAACGUCCCUCAUUUUGGGGUGCAGCAGCCGUUGUGGCCAGUAGUUUUGCAGCAGAACCCAGGAACUGAGGAUUUCCUCGUUCGCAAAGCCCCUGAGACUUCGAUCACUCUGUCGGUGUGAUCAGAUGUGCAUUUUCCUGGUAACCUCUCCUAAUGUUUUAUGACAGGCCUGUAUCUGCCUGCUGUUGAGCUGAUUCAGCACAACAGAAUGAGUAUCGCAUUCAAACAGCUGCUGGGUAAAAUCAUCAGGUGGGCGAGUAGGAAAGUGGCUCAGCGGGAGCGGCUGUCUUGUUGAGACUUUUGACGUCGCACCAAGAAAAAGACGAUAAGUUUGCAUCGGGUCACACAAAGAAUAACCUCUUACAAAGUCACAUUUCUUUAAACAAGUCAUUUUUCUGGAUAGUUAACAAACCUCUUGUUUGGUCCUGAGUAUUCAACUGCCUUUUGUCUUCAUCUGGCCGUGCAGAGAUUUCACCCCGAUCCUCAGUGACUGAUAGUGUCUGUGCUCAUUACUGGACCACAUCAGUGUAUUUUUUUUAUUAUUAUUAUUAUUUUUUGUAGACUUGAACAGAACCUCCAGCUGGGGCCGGGCAAUAUAAACAUAUCGAUAUUGUGAUACAUCUAGAUGUCAUGUAAUGUUGUGAUAUUGCAUAAGUGUUGUCUUUUUCUGGUUUGAAAGGCUUUAUUACGGUAAAGGGAUGCAAUUUUUUUUUUAAACUUACCAGACUGUUCUAGCUGUUUCACUGUCUUUUCCACAUUACUAAUGAUUGUUUGUAUAAAAUCUCUUGUGUUUAAAUGUCUCAAAAGCACCGGUAGUCAUCCCAUCAGUGUCGUCACAAUCUCGAUAUUGCGGUUUUGGGGCAAAGAUAUUGUGAUGUUUGAUUUUAUUCAUGCCGCCCAGCCUGAGCUCCAGCUGGUUCCCUGCUAGAGGAGAGAAACCUGCCAGCCACAAACAAACCUGACCAGCGGAGGCUCCACCCUCACUGAUUAGUCUGUUUGGUAGCAGCACAGAAAACACUCCGGCUGUGUUCACACUGCAGCUGAAAACACCCAAAGCUGAUGUUUUCUGAUCACUGUGAACAGCAGAAAGCUGCAUGUAGCUAUAUCAUCAUCAUCAUCAUUACUAUUUUUUAAAUUUCUGUCUGGACCAGGCUUGGAUCCAGCAGUAUGCAACUUGUGUGACACUUGGAUUUGAAUUUUCAAGUUGUAGCAUUGCCAUGAAAACAAGGACAUUCAUCAUCACUGACCUAAGAUAGAUGUCAUAAUUUUGGCGGCACAGCAGCUCAGCUGAGGACAGCGAGACACAACAAGGGAAAGAGAGACAAAUGUGGAGACGAUUCAGUUCAGCGCACAUUUAAAAGCACAUACUGUAACAUACUGAGAUGUGUUAAACAUGAUGUUAUCGUUACUCUGCGCGUGAGAUUUUCAGCGUCGCUGCCGGCUCACAUUUGGAUCAGAUUUGCAAUACAUCCCAGAAUAAAUGGACAAAAAAAAGCAGCAGUUUAGCAAUCAGCAUGGAGGCCUGCAGUGUGUAUGCCGUCUGUGGCUGUGUGUGUGCGUGAGUGUGUGUACGUACUGUGGCUGUCAAACACUCCCAGACAGCUUCAUAUUUUCUGAAUUCCCUCUAUGCUAGAUUAGAGCUCGACGUGCCUCGUUUUCAUCCACCACCUUUGGUCUCUCAGUCCUCGAGUAGCAGCAUCGCAGAGGGAAUUAAAACUGAAGCGAAACAGGAACCACAUUUUAUUUGAAACGGGAGGACGACAAGAUCCACUCUCUCCUCUCACUUCUUGUUUCUGCCUUAUCACAGCUUUUCACAAUCAGUUUUCCAUUCAUUUCCAAGCCUUUCUCUGCUGUCCCUUUACACCUCUUUACCUCUGGUUCUUCUUGUUCUGGGGAUAUUUUUCUCAGUUGUUGUAUGCAAACUUGAAUAAGCAUUUUUUUCUCAACUGCUCUAUGUAUGUGCAAUACAAUCUAGACCUCAUAGGGUUUUUAAAUUUAGUUUUCAUAGUUUUCAUGGAGCACUAGCUGUUAGAGAUGUUGAGGUUCCUAAUAAUAUAGAAUCACACUUACAAGCCUGUGAUAAUCUGAUGCGACACGCCGCUGUCAGCUGUUUCAUAUUUAUUGAAAUCUACCGAGGCGCCGCCUUGACCCUUCAGAUGGCCGCUGCUCUGUCGCUGAGCAGCUCUCACAGCGUUAGAAAUGCCUCCUCUGUGCGUUGAGCGUUUCCCUCAUGUCUCCGCUGUGUUUCUGUCUGUGAAGGGCAGGGCGGCGGACUCUCUUGACAACUUUAUCGAUAGCGUCUCCUGUUUCAGUGUCCUUGCUGAAGUGAGCCAUGGCUGAGUUGUUUGUCCUCACUCCUCUGACAGUUUUCUCUUGUGGUUUUGAGUCUUUUGAUUUUCAAAAUAAAAAAAAAAGGGAAUACUCCAACUUGUUGGGCAAAAUAUCCUUUUUCCGACUUCUCAGAUUGGAACAAGAUGUUGGACACCAUUUCCACCUCUGUACGUCCAGUGGUUCAGUUCCUAUGGGUAGCAUUUCCUGUUAGCUUAGCGUAAAGACUUGAAGUCUAUGGGAGUUGUUAGCCUGGCUCCAUCAAAGUGAAAAAGUAAACCUUACAGCAGCUCUGACGCUGUCUUCUUUACACCACUGGAUGUACAGAGGUUAAAGCUUAACGUCUUUUAAAGGGUUUUAAUAUUCAGGGAGCCUGUUAAGGUUCCUUGAUGUAUCCCUUUAUAAAUCAUAAUGAUAGUUAUAAUGUAACAAACUACCAAAUGUAAUAAAAUGUCCCUCUUUAAAUUUGUGAAACUUCCCAAUAAGACCUGAAUAAUGUAACCGGCUUCAUAGGAGCUGCAGAGCAUGUUGAACUGAAAAUGUCACUUUUGCAGCUCAUCAUUAAAAUAUUACCUGUUGUGAAGUCAUAGUCAUCAGUUAAGGUAUUUUUCAAUUUCAGGAAGUUAGAUUUUAUGAUGUUUUUAACACAUUUACAGGGCCAUUUGAUUACAUUAUCUGACAGCUCCUAAAUCAAGGGAUCUUGUAGGAAUAGCUGCUCUGAUGAGGAUUAUUGUCUCCCUUUGAAUGUUAAGAGAAACGCCCUCUUUAACACCCAGGCUGCAGUUUGAGGUGUAUUGUUGCCGUUUUUUUUUUUCUUCCAUUUGUCAAAGGAAGAAAAGAAAAGCAAAUUGAGUAUAAGUCCCUCUUGGCUGCCUACAUAUCGCUCUCUUUCCCCAGGAGAAAUUAGUCUUCACUCUUUUCAGACAUUAGAAAUCACAGGAAACGGUCUUGUAAGAAAACUAAAGCGGUUGAUUUGUUUCUGUGCGCACACAUGCUGUUAGUUUUCAAACCACAGUGGGAAAGGUUAAUGUUCAGUGUGUGUGUGUCAGCGGUUCUCUUGUCAGAGGACGGAGACGUUUUCAGGUUCAGGUGACCUUGCUCUCACCUGGAGGAAACACUUCAAAGUGUAAAACAGCUUGAAAAUACACCAAUUAAAUGUCCCCAUUAUUAAUGCAGGAUUAAAGAGUGAAGGCAGACUUAUACUUUGUUUUUUACUGAGAUGAGGAAGGAAAAAAAAAAAAAAAACAGGUCCCGUUUUUCGAUGCUAGCCAGGUUCCCCUCGUGAAAAAAUCACGUUUAUCAAGAUGGUUUUCAUUUUGAGGCAGAGAAAAGCCACAGGAGAAAAUGUUAAGGAGAGAUCCAGCCUGCAAAAUGCUGUUUUUUUUCAGCCUUCACUCCGAACGGUGAACUCCCCCUUUAAUGUCUCCUCACCUCAACUUUGGCAUUUCUAAACAAACACACAGCCAAUCAGACACUCAGCAGGCUUGUCUUUGUCAGAUUGUACUCCUCUGUGUGUGUGUGUGUGUGUGUGUGUGUGUGUGUGUGUGUGUGUGUGUGUGUGUGUGUGUGUGUGUGUAUGUAAGACAUGAUUGACAGUUGGAUAUUGAUAGGAUAUUGGAUGUGUAGCGGGUUGCCUCGUGAGUUCGUCGUGUCUCGUUGGAGUACCUGCCCAGGUUUCGUCAAUACUCUCAUAUUACACAAUCAUAUUUAUGUGUUUUCAUGGUACACAGACGGACUGAAAAUCAUAUCUAAAGGUGGUUAAGGUGGUAAAAUAAAGCCAUAAUAGGCCAGGAAUAUUGAUUUUACACUUUAAGGACAACAAACUACAUCACUUCCUUCCCCUCAAUGUCAAAUACCCAGAAACCAUUGCAGUUAAAUAUCAUGGUCGGACGACAAAAAAAAAAAAAAAAAAAAAAAAAAAGAAAUCAUCCACAAGCGUCCGCCAGGC